AUGGUUCGGAAAUUUUCACCAUUGAAUUGUCUUUUAGAGGCUGCAAAGAAUGCUUGCGUCUGGCUCAAUGGCGCACCUGAAGCGGAACGUCCGGUUUGGAGUCGAUUGUGGAAUGCAGCUCAAAAACGAUACUGCACAGAUGGCGGCGCCAACAGAGUCACCGGGAGGAAACCGGAGUUAGCAACACCUGAUGUUGUCAUCGGCGACAUGGAUUCGAUUCAGCCCACGAUUGCCGAGCGCCUGAAAUCUCGAUGUUUACUGGUACAUGCGCCGGACCAAGAUAAAACCGAUCUCACCAAAUUUUGUAGGCUUCCCGAGUGGUUCUAUUAG